AAAAAGCUGGCGCAGACGCUGGGAAAGCUUCAUAAAGGGCAUUACCGCGUCUUGGAGCAGCAAAAGCUCACGCAAUGUCUGGAAAGUGCUUUGUGUUGUUUGUGACCCUCUUCCUUGCCAUGGGGGCUCUAUUUGGGGCCGAAGGACGCUACCUACCAACGAGAUCGGAUACAACGAAUUUGGAUCGUUUGAGGGAUAUGAUCAGGAAUGUGCUCAAUACCGGAGAUGUGGCUGGUGGUGGUGCAAUGGAUGAUUGGGAUGACGGGACAUACGCACGUGCUAUUGUGGCAGCCCCAUCAAUGCCAAAGUAUCGUGAAAUAUAUCCCAAGAGGCGUCACAUUGGGGAAUCCUGAGUGGGUGCAAAUGGGAAGCAAAAAAGGAGCCAAAAACAGGAACAACGACAAUAAUUUCGUGCAAUUGUUAAAAGAAAAAAGAAUUCAAUUAAUUACCUCAUGCGAUGUGUCUUUAUUUAGAAAUGAGAGAAGGAAAGAAAAUCAAAUGAGGGAUCGUUUUCUGUGAGUUAUUUUCUCAAAAGCAAAUAAAUAAAGUAUUAUAAAAUGCAACAUAAAAAUAACUUUUUGCUAAACUCC